AGAGGGAGAAACCCGCAGCGGCGCGCGAGAGCGCCGCUGUAGCUCUCGCGAUAUUUCCGAGCCAAACUCGUACGCGGUGUCUGUGAGCUUCAAGCCGGGGCUGGGAGGGCGAGCCGGUGCGGGUGGUAGACGCCCUUUUUCCUGCAGUCGGAAGCCAGCGAGGGAGGGUGGCACCCACUCCCCCAAUCCAGUGUCUUGAUGCCCAGCGCCAACGCCAGCCGCAAGGGUCAGGAGAAGCCGCGGGAGAUCGUGGACGCGGCGGAAGAUUAUGCCAAAGAGAGAUAUGGGAUAUCCUCUAUGAUACAAUCACAAGAAAAACCAGAUAGAGUUUUGGUUCGAGUUAAAGACCUGACAGUAGAAAAGGCUGAUGAUGUUGUUUGGGUCCGUGCACGAGUUCAUACAAGUAGAGCAAAAGGGAAGCAGUGCUUCUUAGUCCUGAGGCAGCAGCAGUUUAAUGUCCAGGCUCUUGUGGCUGUGGGAGACCAUGCGAGCAAGCAGAUGGUUAAAUUUGCUGCCAACAUCAACAAAGAAAGUAUUAUUGAUGUGGAAGGCAUUGUGAGAAAAGUAAAUCAGAAAAUUGGAAGCUGUACACAACAAGACGUUGAGUUACAUGUCCAGAAGAUUUAUGUGAUCAGUUUGGCUGAACCUCGCCUGCCGUUGCAGCUGGAUGAUGCUGUUCGGCCUGAAGUGGAAGGUGAAGAGGAAGGAAGAGCUACUGUUAACCAGGAUACAAGAUUAGACAACAGAGUCAUUGAUCUUAGGACAUCAACUAGUCAGGCUGUCUUCCGUCUCCAGUCCGGCAUCUGCCAUCUCUUCCGGGAAACAUUAAUUAACAAAGGUUUUGUGGAAAUCCAAACUCCUAAAAUUAUUUCAGCUGCCAGUGAAGGAGGAGCCAAUGUUUUUACUGUGUCUUAUUUUAAAAAUAAUGCCUACCUUGCUCAGUCCCCACAGCUGUAUAAGCAGAUGUGCAUCUGUGCUGAUUUUGAGAAGGUUUUCUGCAUUGGACCAGUUUUUAGAGCCGAAGACUCCAAUACCCAUAGACAUCUGACUGAAUUUGUUGGUUUGGAUAUUGAAAUGGCUUUUAAUUAUCAUUACCAUGAAGUUGUAGAAGAAAUUGCUGAUACCUUGGUGCAAAUAUUCAAAGGACUUCAAGAAAGGUUUCAGACUGAAAUUCAAACUGUGAAUAAACAGUUCCCAUGUGAGCCCUUCAAAUUUUUGGAGCCAACUCUAAGACUGGAGUAUUGUGAAGCUUUGGCUAUGCUUCGAGAAGCAGGAGUUGAAAUGGGCGAUGAGGAAGAUCUAAGUACACCAAAUGAAAAGCUGUUGGGUCGUUUGGUGAAGGAAAAGUAUGAUACAGACUUUUAUGUUCUUGAUAAAUAUCCAUUGGCUGUAAGACCUUUCUAUACCAUGCCUGACCCAAGAAAUCCUAAACACUCCAACUCUUAUGAUAUGUUCAUGAGAGGAGAAGAAAUACUGUCUGGAGCACAAAGAAUACAUGAUCCUCAGUUGCUAACAGAGAGAGCUUUGCACCAUGGAAUUGAUUUGGAGAAAAUCAAAGCUUACAUUGAUUCCUUCAGAUUUGGAGCCCCUCCUCAUGCUGGUGGAGGCAUUGGGUUGGAAAGAGUGACGAUGCUGUUCUUAGGAUUGCAUAAUGUACGUCAGACAUCGAUGUUCCCUCGUGACCCCAAACGACUCACACCUUAAACCACACUUUUUAUUCUCUCUAGUAAUCUGCUAUUGAUCAGGUUACACGUGAGGUAGUUAAGAUAUGCAGUAAAAUAACUGUCUUACUAAAGUGCCACGAUUCUUUUUUAAAUAGUUCAGUACAAAUUAAUUUAAGAAAAAACAUUUUGAACUUCAGAUAUGUUUCAGUAGGACAUGCUUGAACAUUUUAAUAGAAAUUUCUAUGGUGAAAAUUCAGUUUAUCACUAUAGGAAAAGUUAAGGAGACUUUUAAGCAGUUUAAGAUUGUAUAAUUUUUUUUUCUAUGUUAUGAUAUCCUCAAUACUAAUGUCCUAAAUUUUCAGUAUUUGGACUUUUAACUCUUGACAUUGAGAAAAGGAAAUUGGGGAAAUAACCAAGAUUUUAACAUAUAUAAGAUUGAUAUGUCGGGGGCUGGAGAGAUGGCUCAGAGGUUAAGAGCAUUGCCUGCUCUUCCAAGGGUCCUGAGUUCAAUUCCCAGCAACCACAUGGUGGCUCACAACCAUCUGAACUGAUAUCUGAUGCCCUCUUCUGGCCUGCAGACAGACACACAGACAAAAUAUUGUAUACAUAAUAAAUAAAUAAAUAUUAAAAAAAAAGAUCGAUAUGUCACAGAAAAAUCAGAGUAUGAGUUAAAAGUUAUCUGCAGCAAUCAUGUGAGGCAAGUGAGAAUGCUAGCUAGAAACAGUAACAACUUCAUUUCUGAUGUUGGAAUUCAAUAAAACCUUAAAGCUAAUGAUAA